GACAGGGUACUUCCGUGACCAUGUUACUGUGGCGAUGAGCGGCGCGUCAGGAGAGAGAGGGGCGUGAAAAAAAAACAUCGCGGAGCAGUGAAGGGUGAGGUCUGCCGGGCUCAGUCAGCAUAGACAGGAAAAAAAAAUACCCAGAGUCAGGCUUUGUUUUCUGCCAUGAACUGAGGAGCCCCGCGGUCUGCCGGGACGCAUCUGUUUGCUACUGCCUCUUGUUUCGGUGAAGGAAGCUGAAGGAUACCGUCGCAUCCACCGGAAUGGAGACCUGCCGCUGACGGAGACUGUGGAGCUCCCCUGAUAACAACAGGUCUUAACCCGUUGAACUCAAAUUUCACUCAGAAAUCUUUCAACAAACGACAAAGCGCUGGAGCCGAGACGGUCAAGCAUGGAUGUGCCCAGGAUGGCCGAGGGCCUCUUCAGCAGCACGCUGUCCUCGUCGGGAGGUGGCCACCAUGUCCCCUCCUACCUGACGUUGGAGCAGAAGGCUGCCUUUGUCUUUGUGCUGCUGCUCUUCAUCUUCCUGGCCCUGCUAAUCGUGCGUUGCUUCCGCAUCCUGCUCGAUCCUUACCGCAGCAUGCCCUCAUCCAACUGGACAGACCACACUGAAAAGGACACCUUUGAUUACCGCAUUGUCUGAGGAGCCCAAACAAAAUUAGACUUACAAAGCACUGCUGCCCUACGUUCGGAUGACUGCUGAUUCACUUGGAAAAUUUAAAUUUUUCUGAAAAAUUCUCCAAAGGUUCCAAUUGAUUAUGAUUGGUUGUGAAAAGAGUUUAACAGCUUCUCUCUGCCAAAUAAGAAAGUUCUCAGUCAGUUAUCACUGGAUCCAUAGUUUGAAGCGAAUCUGUCAACCUGCACACUAAGAUGAUGAAUAAGAACUCGUAAAGGUUCACUAGAAAUAGGGACUCUAGUCUGAAACUAAGAGGCAAGUUGCCCUUAAAUCGCUAAAACAAAGACUUUGGAUUUCAGUUAAACCUGUACUUUAAAGACUUGACUCAGACUUGGACUAGGACUUACCUGAAACAACGUUUAUCUCAUGUGAUCAGGAUGAAAGUAGCCUAUCAAGUGUAGAUCAGCUGAAUGUUCUACACAUGUUGUCCUUGAAAUUAAAUAUGAAUUUAUAGUUUUAAUGUGGAAAAGAUUCUACCCUAUGAAUUUUCAAAAUAAAUUUUUUUAACAUGUUGAAUUAAAUAUUGCGAAAAAAUGUGAAAUGCUCAAGGAUAAGGAUUUGAAUUCACAACCUAAAGAAGUUCUGUGUUUUAGGCAGAUGGUAGCUAUGGAUCCGGUCAGAAAAUUGUACUUUUAGUCAUCAUAAAAUUAAGACGUGGCUCAGACUUGACCCUCAAAGACAUGACUCGGACCUAGAAAAAAUAACUCGUGAACAUCUCUAUGGUUCACAAUCGUUUAUUCCCCGCCAUCCGUUGUUUUGUGGACUACCUCACUCCUCCGUCUCAUGUCUGAAGGUGAUUCCUCACAGUUCACACAGGGUCCAGUGUUUUUUUAUAUACAAGCCAGAUAAAUGGUGGCAGUGUUUACAUCUGAUCACAUCCUAAAAUUUUUAUGGAUAAUGUAGACAAUCAGUGUUUAAUAUAGCUUAGAAAAAUGCAGUGUGACUAGUUUGGGUUGUUGAAGUCAUUUUUUAAGAGUAUUUUUUAAUUUGCAAAGAGGUACAGAAGACUUUGUGUGAUAUGAUCCAUUCAGAAAGGAAUUUGAUUGCCUUAUGUCUUUAUUGGAAAUAUAAAAGUUCUAAAAAAUAUAUAUAAGGUCAUAAAGCAGGUGUCACAAUCAGAAAGAAGACAUUUUUGGUUGAAAAGUUCCCUUUAAUGCUUCGGAACGAAUUGGAACAGACAGACGCCAGCAAUGAGUUAUUUACUGUUAUGUGUGCGUGUGGUAGGAAGAAAAAACUAACCUGUAUGUGUCCCUUCAGUUACUGAAGAGUUUUGGUUUCAUCGGGUUUAGAUGUAAACAACCAAAAGAGGCGUUGAAGUAAAAAAAAAAAAAAUUUAAAAAUUACCGUGCUGUAAUGUGUGCCUAACUUAAAAUAUGUUCUAGGUAAAAGAGAGAAAAUGGGUUAAUAUUUUUAAUUUUUAAUUUUUAUUAUGUAUGUCUGUGUAUAUGAGUGAGUGCAUUUGUGUGUGACGGCCAUUAAAAAAAAUCUAAACAGCAUUUUACUGCCUGCAGUUGGUAUAUUGACAGUUGGUAUGCCAGAUCUGCAGAGUGUUGAUGUUGAAGAUGAAGCAUUUUCACAUCCAACCCUUUACAAACUAAUGUUGUGGCUCUUUCUUUGGGCAACUUUUCAACUGUGCGCCUUAUAGUGUAGAUUGUUUACAUUAUCGUAGGUAGCAAACACACUGGAGACUCUAUUGCAACAGUGUCUUUGCUCUUCACAGAUGUCAUAUAACUUGCUAAAAAAAAUGACUGGAAAAAAACUUUAAAAAACUCUUGUCCCUGGUUGGACACAAAGUGAGCUGUGAUCCUUUUGAGGAAAUGUGAUGUUCUUGUGGUCUGAUGUGGCCUUUUACUGCAAAAUGCAGAUGUCGCAAUGUUGUGCUGAGGUGAGUUUCUCUGACUCUCUUUUUUUUUCCUUUGCACGUAUAUUCUGCAGAGUAUCCUGUCCAUGCAUGAUAAAUGGUGAAGUGCUUUAAUCCUGAUGUUGUAGUUGUGGGUCAGUUGCUCAAGUAGCCUUUUUUCUGUCUGUUCUGGAGCCUUUUGUUUCGAUCUGUUUCUUUGCCUUGAGCUGCUCUUCUUUUUGUAAUAAAAAUGAUCAGAGUCCACAACGA